CCAGUCCUGGAAGGCCGCUAGCCUGCAUAUUUUCCAUCUCUCCCUGUUUGCUACACACCUGAUUCAAACGAACAGGUUCAAGAUCCGGCUUCAGUAGAGCUUGCUGGUAAUCUGAUCAUUUGAAUCAGGUGUGUUGCAACAGGGAGAGAUGGGAAGGAAACAUUCAGGCUAGCGGCCUUCCAGGACCGGAAUCGCCCACCGCGGGUGUCAUGGCUGCCUCAAUUUCCUGGCGCUGAAAUGACAUCACUUCUUUUUAGUUCUCCCCUCAAAGGACGUUUGGUAGGAAGGCGUCUUGAAAGUGUUCUCAAUGGAGAACCACCGAGGGGACUAUUUAUCCGGCGGAGGAGUCACCUGCCGGCACGUCAGCGCCUCGCUGUCCAAUCCUGGUGCGCCUCCUCUGCGUGUGUGCGUGCGUCUUUUUUGGACAUCCCUCCCUGCUUGUGCUGUCUCCACAAGCCCCGCGCGGCGCUCAAGCUCGCUACUUACUCGCCGCCUGCCUCCGAACGCGCGGCUCAGAAUCAUUGCGGAAGGCGCCCAGCCUCCUCAUCCUCCUCAUCCUUCUCGGGACCGCGCCAGCGGACUUGGACCGCUGGCCCCCUGCCGAACCCGGCUUGCUUUGUUUUGGAUUGUCUCUCCCGUGCCAUUUGUGUGCGCAACAGCCGAUGUCUGCAAGACGCCAUGAUCCACCGCGGGGAGGAUCAUCCCGCCCCCUCCGGCAGACAACGGUGACACCGAAACACAUCCGGCUCCAAGGUGACCUCCCGACACUCGACCUCCCCUCGAAAUGUUUGAACAUGCCAGGACAUAACGAUGAGCUCCAACAGCACAGACUCUUCUGGUCUCUUCCUGAUUUCCAACACCUUCCCAGCAGCAGGAGCAGCAGUCGGACUGUCCCCACAAACCACUUCUUUCCAUCAAGCAGGGACAGGACCAUGGUUGGUUUUUCACAUGACCACCCCGGGCGCCAAUUCCUCUUCUGCGAAUUCCCUCUUUAACUCCAGCCAAUCACAAGAUGGGAACGGGACGUCGGGCCCGGAUCCCUUGGGCGGGCACACCGUGUGGCAGGUGGUCCUCAUCGUCCUGCUGACGGGAACGCUCUCGCUGGUCACCAUCAUCGGGAACAUCCUGGUGGUGGUGUCUUUCAAGGUCAAUCGCCAGUUAAAGACGGUCAACAACUACUUCCUGCUGAGCUUGGCGGUAGCUGACCUCAUCAUCGGGGUCAUCUCGAUGAACCUCUACACAGCCUACCUGGUGAUGGAUUACUGGGCUUUAGGGAACUGGGCCUGCGACCUGUGGCUCGCUAUUGACUACGUGGCCAGCAACGCUUCAGUGAUGAACCUGCUGGUCAUCAGCUUUGAUCGCUACUUUUCGGUAACCAGGCCUCUGACGUACCGGGCCAAACGGACGACAAAGCGAGCCGGGAUGAUGAUCGGCCUGGCCUGGUUUGUUUCUCUGGUUCUAUGGGCCCCCGCCAUCCUUCUGUGGCAGUACUUUGAGGGUCAAAGGACAGUGCCUCCGAAUAAGUGCUACAUUCAGUUCCUCCAGCAGCCCAUUAUAACCUUCUGCACAGCCAUGGCGGCUUUCUACCUGCCGGUAAGCAUCAUGAGUGUGCUUUACUGGCGGAUUUACAAGGAGACGGAAAACCGCUCCAAAGAGUUAGCCGGACUGCAGGGCUCCGGGGCCCGCGGCGGCGGCGGGGUCGCGGCAAGAAACGGCAACGGCGGGGUUGAUCGAGCCCGUUUUGCGCGUCAAACCGGGAGUUCCAGAAGCUGCAACAGCUACGAGCUGACCAGGUUGUCCCAAAGAAAGAGCGCGUGUCGGGAGUUGGUCAGCCGCCUGCACUGCUGGCCCGGGGUUCAAUCCUGGAGGCCUGGCAGUAUUCGGCAAGGAGAGCGGGAUGCCGACCAAAGCAGUAGUGACAGUUGGAACAACAACGACAACGCGGUCUCACUGGACCAGUCGGGCUCGUCAGAUGACGAAGACUGCGGGGGGCGAGACAGCCACACUAUUUUUUCGAUCGUUCUCAGCCUACCUGGCAUAAAAGCGGCUGUCAACUCCCAGCUCACUUCCUGCGAAGACCUGGACGAAGCCUCAGAACAGGACCCUCUAAGAGGGGCGGAAUACAACAGAGACAGCCUCGCCGCCGUCGCUACAAACACCAGCGUGGCCGCCAGCCCAGAUGGGGCUAACGACGGUGAAAACAACUACCACCAACGCUUCUGUUCGCGCAAAAUCCAGUCCUUGCCGAGCAUGCGGGUGACUUCGAACUCUGGAUCUCUGGACGAUGCGACGGCCGCGCUCCCCGACUCGACCGCCACCAGCACAUCCACCAAAUCCUCCUCCGUUCCGAUGUCUAUCAAAGAGGCAGCUCUCGCCAAGCGCUUUGCGGUCCGAGCUCGGACUCAGAUGUCCAAGAGGAAGCGUAUGUCCUUGGUGAAAGAGAAGAAGGCCGCUCAAACUCUCAGCGCCAUUCUCUUUGCGUUCAUCAUCACGUGGACGCCGUACAACAUCAUGGUCCUGAUCAAUGCCUUCUCCGAAGCGGCCAUUCCAAAAACCCUGUGGGCUGUGGGCUACUGGCUAUGCUACGUCAACAGCACCGUCAACCCCAUGUGCUACGCCCUGUGCAACAAGACCUUCCGCACCACCUUUAAGAUGAUCCUGUUGUGCCGCUGGGACCAGACAAAACGGAGGAAGCUGCAGUUCCAGCAAAGGCAGUCCGUGGUCUUCCACAGGGGGCUUCCCAGAGAGUCCACGUAAGGGACAGGAGAGCGGCUUGAUGCAUCAAAUGAAUAAUAAGAAGCAUCCACAGGCUUCUUUUGGGAGUUUCUCUAAGGCACUUCUCAAAGGGCAAUCCUUUGCAGCGGUUUCGAUGUAUGUGCUCGUGUCCGUGUGCAUGCAAGAAGGGCUGUGCAAGGUGGGAUCCAGAAACGCAAGACGGCUAUCUCUUCUGGAAGAACUCUACCGAUUCAUGUAGGUUUGUUUAUCUUCGAGUAAGCGAGCGGGAUGUGCUUGAAAAGGGCUUGAAACAGAACUGAACAUCUUUUGUUGUGGGCUGGAGCAUUAAAGUGCAAUUGACUCAAGGUUAAAAAGAAAGCUUUGUCACACGGUUAGGGCUCGUCGGUUCUGACCGUUUUCUCUUUGUCUUUAGCUAGAUUUGUAACGUGCAGAGUCAAGUGCUUUUGCCUUUUGUCAGCAAACGAAACUUUGCAUCUGUAACUUUUCACCAAAAGCCAAGACAUACUGUGUGUUGUGUUAACUGGGCCUCGACUUUUUGACUGGCAUGUUAUUUUCUGUUUGUUUGUUUUGGAAUCAGAUCUUCUGUGCAUUGCCUUCCUACCUAGAUAUAACUUGUGUUAGAUGGGAUAUAAAAUGGCGUCCACCAGAGCUUUUAUUUUUUGUGCUGCUCAUCUGGAACUUUUGAGGCAGUUGGAAAAUGACUCUUCUUCUUUUGUGUAUUCUGUGUGGCACCGCAGUCAGUGAGCCGCUGUUGUGAUACAAUGUGAUUGUUGUGCUUUGGAAAACAAUGGCCACGACGAGUACAUCCGGUUGUGUUCAUGUACUUGACGUCAUUGUGAUGAUGAUGAUUCUGAUACUGGUGAUGAUAUUGUUAGUGUACUUUUACAGACCCCCCCCCCCCACCACCACCACCACCACCACAACCCCACACACACACACACACACACAAACACACACACAAAAUGUCGAUUUUCUUUCACGCGACCUUUUUUGAACUUUCAACUGUAAUACUUUCGUCACUUCGCGAUGGAGCCCUUUUUUUGCUUAGCUGUGGAGCUCGGGCAGCCUCUAGUGGUGAGAGGAGGACAUAACAUGCUCACUGACAGUUUCGCUUGUCUGUCGUGCAGUUCCAAUCACAACCCAAGACGCAGUUUGUGGGGGGAAAAAAGUAAGUGACAUUUUAAAUCAGAUUGUGUUUCUGUAACCGAUUCAAAUUUACCUCGACAACUUGAUGAUACCGUGUAUACUAUUUCUAUCAUAUGUAUUCUAUUUAUAGAUUUAUUGAUUUUAAUCCACAUAACGUGUUCAAAUCUAUUGACUGUAUAUAAAGCGUGGACAAACUAAUGAUUUUAAA